CAACAGAAUCCAGCUACUUUGACAGCUCUGUGGAGCCUGUUCAUGCCUCUUCACCUACACGUAUGUGGAGAAGACGAAUACAGUCCCAUGACUUGGGUAUCAGAUACUCACAGAGUUCAGACUGUGAUGAACAGCAGGAGGUUCUGAGCAACAGUUUAAAUACUUCUCUAGAGGAAUACUGGAUGAAAUCUCCAUAUAGCCCCACUGACUUGCAGCUGGCAUUUAGUCAGCCAAGUCCAUCAUGUCCCCAGCUCUCAAAUUCUGAUGGUAAAGACAUGCCUUGUAGGCCCAUGAGUCCCAAACCCCAGAGUCCACGAUCCACUUCUCAACACAGGAACUUCCGUUAUCCUGGGCGAGUAUCCGCCACUUCCAUGAUCUCUCUUGGGAACAGCUCUGGAGUGGAAAGCAACCUGGAGGCUCCUGAGAGACCAAAGACACUGAAACCCAGAGGAAGUCUCUUACACUCGUUGGAUGACUUCCAGAGGGACGACAGUGGCAUAAGCAGUCAGUCCCAGAUCAGCUUAAAUACAGCUUCUUCCAUUAGUGACAUGCUCCGGGAUGAGGCUGGAAUAAGUCCAUCCAUCACAUCUCCUGUUGCCUUUGACAUCCUGCCACUGAAGCUGCAUGCGUUUUCAAAGAGCACUCCAACAGGCCUGGACUGCGUGGGCUGGCAACGGCGAGUCUCUGCUCCUGUGAUCACCGAUGGAGCCCUGGACAAGACAGCCCUGACGGACGACGUGGGGAGCGAGGAGGAUCUGUACGAGGAAUUCCGCAGCUCCGGCCACCGCUACGGCCACCCCGGGGGCGGCGGCGAGCAGCUGGCCAUCAACGAGCUCAUCAGCGAUGGCAGCGUGGUGUAUGCAGAAGCUCUCUGGGACCACGUCACCAUGGAUGACCAGGAGCUGGGAUUCAAGGCUGGCGAUGUCAUCGAAGUAAUGGAUGCCACCAACAAGGAGUGGUGGUGGGGGAGGAUCCUGGACAGUGAAGGCUGGUUUCCAGCCAGCUUUGUUCGGCUGCGAGUAAACCAGGAUGAGCCCAUGGAAGAUUAUCCCCUAAAGGUAGAGGGGGGCAAAGAGGACGAUUCCCGACGCUUCGGGAUGGGCCAGACCACCAAAGACCAAAUGAGGACCAACGUCAUCAAUGAGAUCAUAAGCACAGAGAGAGACUACAUCAAGCACCUGAAGGACAUCUGUGAGGGUUACAUUAAGCAGUGCCGCAAGAGAGCGGACAUGUUUACAGAAGAGCAGCUGAAGAUCAUCUUUGGGAAUAUUGAGGACAUCUACAGGUGCCAGAAGAAAUUUGUUAAAGCACUAGAGAAGAAAUUUAACAAAGACCACCCACAUUUGAGUGAAGUUGGCUCAUGCUUCUUGGAAUAUCAAACAGAGUUUCAGAUCUACUCCGAGUACUGCAACAACCACCCCAACGCGUGCAUGGAGCUGUCGCGCCUCACCAAGGUCAACAAGUACGUUUACUUCUUCGAGGCCUGCCGGCUGCUGCAGAAGAUGAUUGACAUCUCCCUGGAUGGCUUCCUGCUCACCCCCGUGCAGAAAAUCUGCAAAUACCCCCUGCAGCUGGCCGAGCUGCUCAAGUACACCAACCCCCAGCACAGGGAUUUCAAGGAUGUGGAGGCUGCCUUGAACGCCAUGAAGAACGUGGCUCGGCUCAUCAACGAGAGGAAGCGGCGCCUGGAGAACAUCGACAAGAUCGCUCAGUGGCAGAGCUCCAUAGAGGACUGGGAGGGAGAAGAUGUCCUAGUCAGAAGCUCAGAACUCAUCUAUUCUGGGGAAUUAGCCAAAAUCUCCCACCCUCAAGCCAAGAGCCAACAGAGGAUGUUCUUCCUCUUCGAUCACCAGCUUGUCUGCUGUAAGAAGGACCUUCUGCGCAGGGACAUCUUGUACUACAAGAGUCGGAUCAACAUGGAUGACAUGGAAAUACUGGAUGUAGAAGAUGGGAAAGACAAGGACUUCAAUAUCAGUGUGAAAAAUGCAUUUAAGCUGCAUUGCAGAGACACUGAGGAAGUCCAUUUAUUCUGUGCAAAAAAGCCUGAGCAGAAACAGCGCUGGCUGAAGGCGUUUGAGAAUGAAAGGAGGCAGGUGCAGCUCGACCAGGAGACAGGUUUUUCCAUCACGGAGGUGCAGAAAAAGCAGGCAAUGCUGAAUGCCAGCAAGCAGCACCAUGCUGGGAAGCCCAAGGCUGUCACCAGGCCCUACUACGACUUCCUGAUGCGGCAGAAGCACCCCACCCUGCCCACCACGCUGCCUCAGCAGCAGGUCUUCAUGCUGGCAGAGCCCAAGCGCAAGCCCUCGAACUUCUGGCAGAACAUCAGCAGGCUGACACCCUUCCGGAAAUAGGGGCAGCCGUGUUUGUGCCUGAACCCCUUCUGAGAAAGCACUUUAUCCACCAGUCCCGGCAGGUCC